UACGAAUAAAAGAGAAAUUAAAGAUUAAUAUUAUCAACACUAUGCGCCUUUGGUGUUCGCUAAAAAUCUCGCGCCAACUUGAAGUUGGAUUUCAAAAAGUUCCGACCAACUCAAGUUUUGUUGUUGUUUCUGUCCAAAGUUUUGACAGGAAUGCCCCAAGGAUGGCAAAACAACUACUACUUACAGCAGUUGAUGAAAGCAGUCAUUCUGCCUUCUUGGAUCUUCUUAGUCAGCAUAAUGAUAAACGCAGUAUGGUUGAUUUAGGAGAAGUCUUGACUGAGCUGAGUCAAAGCCAGUUAGACAAAGUUUGGACUGAACUUCAUUCAUGGGCCACCGACCAGUUAAAUAAACUUGUAGGUGGUAGUGAAAAUGAUGAAGUAAAUAAUUUUGCAAAAGAACCUUCGGAAACCCGUCAGUCAAAUGAACCUACAGAGGUUCAGGAAGAACUCAACCAGAUGGAGGUUGUGGAGAGUGAAGGCAGUGAAGGUCAAACUGGGAACACGGAACAGCCAUCUGUUGGAAGUGGAGAGAAUGAUGUUCAGCCUCCUCAGGGAGAGAUCUACAAUGAGAGUAUCUUGUUGGGAGUUGUGCAGUUUGCAACCUUACAUAUCAGCACUAUCAAAGGAUUUGGCACUUUUAUACCAGAGAAACUUUUAGAACUUGCUGUUCUGUUACAUGGAAUGGUGAGUGUGUUAGAGGGACAGCUACAGGAGGAAAUUGUGACUCUGUGUGAAACAUGGUGGCAUCAAGAACUUGACGAGAGAGACUGCCUCAUCACCAAUGUACUUCCUAUUUUAAUCCAGAUGGCUAUAGCAAAAUCAGGAAAGAGAAAAAAUGUUGCGGCUGUCUGUGGUCUUCGAGGAGCUCUUGAUGUAGUGGAGUUUGAUGAGCCCCUGGUGGACCUGCUCGGGGCUUGUGUUGCCAGCCCACGUUUCUUGAGCUUCGAGGAAGGGUGCCGGUGGCUCUGUGAGCUGUUCACAAGGCAGAUGCUUGUAACUCGCCUCCACCGCAGUGUCAAAGCAGUGCUUCCCGAGUGCACCAGAGAUCAGAGUGCAAAGUAUGGGGAAAUUUACUUCAGGGCUUGGAAAAAGAGUACUGGAGAUGUCCAGCAGAUGAUUGAAGAGUCUUGUAUUCAAGACCUCAUGUAUGCAGCAGUUCAUGUGGAUCCUUUGGCUGGGAAGCUGUCUACUAAUCUUCAUCACUUUCUCCAUCAAAUUCAUCGUAAUAAACGACACCAUUUGGUUGAGAGAAUGAUUCUUAAACUAUAUAAUCCUUUCCUCUGGCGUUCCUUGAAGGUUGCCAAUGGAUAUGUCAGAAUGAAUGCCACUGGGUUGCUCUGCGAUGCUUUCCCACUCUCUGACAGCACUUGCACUUUAGAGGAGAGACAAGAACUUUCGGAAAGACAGUACCAGACAAUUAUCUCCUUGCUGACUGAUCCUUGCCAUCUGGUGCGCAUCACAGCCAUCAAAGGCACCUGUGAGAUCCUCAAGAAUUACUGGCUUAUGAUUCCAUCCCAGGUCAUUAAGACAAUCUUCCAAAAGUUUCUCACUGAGUUGCUGCGUGAUAGUUCCUCAGCAGAAGUCCGAACUCAGGUGAUCAAGGGACUGACUCUUAUACUUGACAACAAUGAUGCCAUUCCAUUUAUGAAGGAAGUUCUGCCCCGUAUCUCAGAUUCAUUUGAUGACAUCAGCGUCAACGUUCGAAUAGCAUUUGUUCACCUUCUGUUGAAAGUGAAAUUAUUGAAGAUCAUCAAGUACUGGACAAUUGUACCAAUAAAUCACCUUCUACAUGGUUUAGAGGAUGAUGUCCCAGCUGUCUGUAAACUCCUGACACAGCUUCUCCUCAAUUCUUUCCAUCCAACACAAAUGUCAGACCAUGAGCUUCUUCAAAGAUGCUUGGUACUUUUAAAAGAAAAUCGAGCAGCAGCAAGAAGAUUCUACCAAUAUGCUUCUCGCACAUUAGACCUCCGGAGCACUGUGGACUUCAUUUUGUUGAUUUGUCUUUGCAUCAGAAAUUACAUACAUUCUCAUGAGUUGCAACAUGCCACAUUAAAUGAAGAUCAUGAGGAAUGUGGAAAUUCGAAUGCAGAUCAACCAGCCUCAAGCAGACAAUCGGGACGAAAGGGAUGUUCUUCUGGUAGAAAUGCCAAGGGUAAAAAAGGAUCAAGAGUACAAAAUGAAAACAAAGAAAAUAAAACUCCGGGACGAAGGACCUUGCUUGCCACAUCCCAACAAGAUAAUAAUGUAUACCGAAAAGAUUCUGGUGCGAAAGAUGCUAACGACAACGAGGAGGAUUCAUCGCCUCUGGACAAUCCCACGGUUAUAGGAGGCCUCUUCGACACCAUUGUAAUUUUGUGGUCGGCUAAUGCUCACAGAUUGGCUCAGUCCCAGAACUCAAAGUACUUGGAAGCACUCAGGUUGAAAGUGUCAAAGAAUAUGCCCAUCUUCUUCAAAUUUUUCAAGGAGAAUAAGGAUGUGUCUCAAACAUUAUUGUACUUGGCAAGCUUUUUACCAAAAACCCUUGUUCCUACAUUAGUUGGACACUGCCUUUCACGACUACGUUCUUUGCAACAGGAUCAGGAUUAUGAAGAUUCAUAUGUUACAUAUAUAAAUGCACUCUGUAAUUGGAAUAGAGUUGAUGAUGUCUUAGAAUUGGCGACGGAUUGGCUUGUGGAAGGCUUUCACUCCGCAACUGUGACCAGUCCAAAGGAACGUCGUUUGAGCCGGAGAGGUGUACAUUUUCAUCAGACUCAUUCUGCCCAGCCAUCUCUCGCCUUACGUCUCGUACGGCAUGUCUUGCAACAUCCGCUCAAUAAACUUGCUGCCCUGAGUAAAAAUCGAUCCCUUGUGGAGGAUUUAGCUGAAACACUGAAGGUUUCGAGGGACCUCUUGGAAGAGCGACUCAACCACAGCGAAGCAUUGUCUGAUCUCUGCACUGAUAAAUUUUUGUGUGGAGCCUGGUCCGAGUACCUGAGUUUGGUGGCCGUGUUGCACAACCCAGCUCCUGAAAAACCAGCUGCAAAUGAAGGUGAAGACGAGGAGGAAGAGGGGAGUGCUGCAUUUGAUAGCAUUGACCAACUUCAUCAUAGUCUAGAGUGGGCAGCUAGGGUUCUGGUACCUGUCCUGAGUAGUGAAGAAAUAGGAGAGAAGAGGAAGUUGCGAGCUGGCGACGAUGCUCUUAGAAUUUCAACAGAAGCCCUUGUCCUCCUUGUGAAGACUUGCAAUAACCUAAUUAUCAUUGGUGCUGCAGAUUCUGAAUUUGUGUUUAAUGUUUGUGGUUUUACAGACAUUCUCCUGAAAUCAGAUGCUUGUGAAAGCUUUUGGGAAGUUAGUUUGCUGGUAACACUGGAGGCAUAUCAAUAUUUGAAAGUGUAUGGAACACCUUACAGUGAAGGUGUAGAAGGAGUUACAAUGCCGACCGAUCUCCUCAAGUCUUGUAUAAUGUCUAUUGCCGACACCCUAAGUGAAGACAGAGCAUUACCUAAGGAAGUUGAAAAAUUAGAUAAGACUUUGGGGAUGGUAUUGGCUACACUCUGCCAGACAAGAGCAAUCCAAAAUGAAGUUUUCCAACACUUAGCUACUACGAUAUUGGACUGUCUUUGCACUAAAAUAGAGAAGAUGAAGGGCGUUGAUUCUGAAAUCAAGACUGUGGAAGCCAUGGGAAGCUGUGUGAGGAUAUUAGUUGGAGUCUGCCAGUCACGCGUAAAACUGUCGAUCUGUCUUAUGGAGGCUCUUACUAACUUUAUUAAGGAUUCAGCUAUAGACAUCACAGUGAUACUUGCUAUAAGUCAUUUGUUGAAAGUAUUGUCUCAUGAUAGUGGCAAAGUGUCGAGAUAUUCUAUUAAGCAGAGUGUUGGAGCCAUCGAUAGCCUUUUAGCCAGCAUCCUGUUUCCAUUGCCCAUUGAUACCUGUGGGGAAACUGAAACGCCUCUUCCUCCAACAAUAUACGAGGAAUAUGCCAAGACCACCAGAGAAAUCGUCGAUGAGUUAAAGAGUACUCUGGGCAUUGUUUAGCACUUCACAGUAGUCUGGGAUUUUGUAUUUUUAUAUUUUCCACUAGAGGGUAAGAAUGUAAAUGCAAAUAUUUUUCUACAGUUAGGAACUUUCAAAUGUUUUUUAUUAGAUAUUUUAGUGGCAUUAGCAGUGCCCUUUUGUCCUAAAGACUCAAAUGUACAACAAUAUCCAGAUUGGAAUGUAAAUAUCUAUUGUACAGUUAAUUACUUUUGCAACUAUUUUUUGUAAGUCUGAGAAGAAGGCUUUCAGCAUAAUCCCAUGUAAAGUGAAUCAGAAGUAUCACUCAUUAAUUUUAAUAAACUUUCAUUUCUACUUAAGCAAUAAAACUUUUGUCUCGUGUAUGUGUAUUAAAAUACAUUUUAUUUUGUUUUAUGAAAGUACUUCCAAAUUUCCCAAGAAUACUGUAAAUUUCUUUCUUGAGAAAAAAGUCAUUGUAAAUAUUAAUAAAACUUUUGUCUAAUGUAUGUGUAGUAAAAAUUACAUUUUAUUUUAUUGCAAGUACUUUCAAAUUUCCAGUAGAAUGUUAAUUUCAUUCUGAAGAUAAAAGGUGUCAUUGUAAAUAUAUAGAUUGUUCUUUAGAUUAUGUUAAGUAAUUUCUAACCAAAUACCUUUUCCUUUUAUGAAAAGGAAAAUUAUGACAUAUAACAGUUGGGAAAUUUAACAUGAAAUGUUAGAUUGUUGGCAAUUUAUCAUUAGAUCUCUAUAGAUAUAUGACAAACUGUUCAGGCAUUACAGUUAAUUUGGGCCAUAAUAUUAAAUAGUUUUGAUUAUACAGCUUGUUUGAAAGAGCAAAGGUGCAUAUAUUUCAUAGACAUUGUAUUUUUAUAACAGUUUCAAUCUAGUACCAUUAUUACUGUAAGAAGAAUUUUUUGAUAAUGUCCACAUUUUAUAAUGGAUUUUUAUACAUUUCUUAUUCCUGUAAGGAAUGAUUUAUUUGCUCAUAAACUGAUAACUGCCAUAAGUAAAUGAAAUUUUGCAAAUAGGAUAUUGUAAUUUUGCAAAUAGGAGUAUUGUAAAGUACAGCAUAUAUUUUUGUAUGAAUACAGAUAACACCUAUGUUACA